AUGUUUUGUUUUGGAAUUGGAACGUGCAUCAACUCGUUUUUUUCAAAUAAUUCCAAAUCUUUGAUUCGGAAGGGAAAAUGCUUCAAAGCUUUCGAGAUAAACGAGUCCUCAAUCUAGCUCAGGAAAUCGAUAAAAACCCUGACUAUCGUAUACCUGAGUUAUUAUUGAAAGUAGAAGAUAUAUUAUCAUCCGUUUCAUCUGGAAGCAAGCAAGGCUUAGAAAUUCGAAAAGAUUUAUGGACACUAGAAUUAUUACAUUUAACUGUAUCGGUAUUGGAACAAGAUGUUACGAAAUUUAGAAAUGCUUGGACAUUAACAUCCAGAUUGGUUCGAAUUCUAUGCAAUGCUUGCUCAGGAUUGCAUAUGCGAGAUUGCAAUGAAUAUCACACGGUUUUUCUACCUGAAUGUGUGAAAUGUGUACUGACUUUGAGUAAAAAAGUUCAUUUAAAGCUACAGAAGACUUUGAUCUAUAAAAAAGAAGUAGUAAAGGACAUAACUGAAUGCUUAAAGACUUCUCUGGAAUCUUUAGAUUUACUUUGCAGUGGCCAUAAUUUUCUAUGCUAUAAUGUAUUGAAAUCAGAGGAGUUUCUAGAAAUUCUCAUGACAGAGGAUGCGAAUAUUGUCAAUAUAAUAACAACCUUUUUUCAAAAUAUUUGCAGAAAAUCAUCAGGAAUAAUGGAAGAGAUCGGUGACAGUACUGUAUUCACUCUUCUAGAUGAGCUUAUUUUUAAAAUAACUUCUUCUGACAAACCCGAAAUUGCUUGGGCAUCAAUCAAAACUGUCCUAUUAGCUUGCGACUUUAACCCAUCUAUUGUCCAUCAUCUGUGUACACGUUACAAGGGCUUAAAACCUUUACUAAACCGAUGGCAUAAAAAAGGUUUCGAUUUGGAUUUGGAUAGAUUGAUUUUAUUAUUGGAAGCGGGUAGUUUAGAAGAAGUGGCUAAUGAGAGAAGAAAUAGGGCAGCUGCUAAAAUACAGGCCUUAUGGAAAGCCCACAAAACUAGGGAAGCUAUAAAAAAGAGAAACGAAAGUAUAGCUCGAUUUCAACGUAGUUUCAGGGCAAAGAGAGUUGAAAAGGAACAAACUAAAGAAAAAGGCAGAUUACAGAAAGAAUUACAGCAUCAGUUAUUAAUCAAUAGGAAACAGACUAUGAAAAAAUUUCACGAAAAAGUUUACCUCACUCUAGAAUCCGUACCUGCUUCCAAGAUCGAAGAGCAUUUAGAAAGUGAAAGAAAUAAGGCGGCCAUAAAAAUUCAAGCUUGUUAUAGAUCUAAACUAAGUCGAAGAAGAUUUAAUAACCAAAAAGAACAAAUAAAGACUUUAAGAGCUGUUGUUGUACUACAAAGAAGUAUAAGGAAAUGGCUAAAAAAGGUUCUAGCUAGGAGAAAUGAACCCCCGGCUUGGCAAAGGCCUCCAGGUUUAGAUGAUCAGAGAAGAGUGGAAUUGAAUGAAAAAAUUCAACUCUAUAAGCACCUACAUCCAGUACGUAAUUGAUAAAUUUAUUCUAAAAUAGUCAAACAAUAAUGGUUGAGUUGAAUGUAACCGCAUUGUACCAAUUAAACAAAUGAUACAACCUAAGAAUUAUUCUUUUCUAUGAUAAGCAACACGAUCGUGUCCCUUUUUUGUUUAACUGCUAAAGCACACGCAUGAGCAACUGCAAAAAGCUUUAAUGUGAAGGCCUAAGGAAAUACUGCAUUAUUAAUAAUGCUGCUUUUGCAUAUUCUCAAAGAAGCUGAGCGCAUAAGGAAAUAUAAAACUAGAAAUACGAAUGAAUUAUAUUCAUCAUUUACCUUUUCUUCUUUUUUUCAGCCUAAAACGAAGAUGGAAGAUAGAAACGACUUUCACAAUUCUGUUCAGAACUUACUACGUCAACAUGCCUUUGAAUCGAAGAAUAUAAGGAAGUCAGAACAAAGACGAAAAGCCAUAUUGGCGAGAUUACAAUUAGACUCUCAAUUAUUAUUCGACGCUCCAAAGUUAGAGAAUGCAACUGACAAGGAUAUCGAAACUUAUAGGUCAAACUCUGUUGCAGUAGCUACCAAAGCUAAAGUCGAACAUGUCAAUUAUUUAACCAAACUAAAAUUACCUUGGUGGAAGAAGCUGUAUGGGGAAGACAAUUCUGAUUUCUUUUCUUCAGACGUCCAACAGUCGAACAUUAUAUAAAAAAUUUGUAUACAAUAUUUUAUACCUAUAAAUAACAUUAGAUGAAAUGGAAAAUCUUGUUCUGUUCAUUAAGUCUAAUAGGUUAUUAAAUUAUAUGUAUUUUUAAUGUUAAAUAAGAGAAUUGAUGUAAAGAAUCAUUAUCAGAGGAUCUUUCAAGACAUCUUUCCCAUUUCCGUGUAAGAACAGAGCAAGUUUACCUUUCCAUUUGCCUACUCAAAGCAAUAUAUUUCUUCUUUCUUUUCCUUUCUGUGUUUUUAAUGUUUUUAUUAAAGAAAAUAUUUUUUCACAAGUGCCUUGGCGAAGAUUUACAGUGUAUAUGCUAUAUGCUAUUUGUACAGAAUAUAUAGCACAUAUAGCAUAUAAGUUUGUAAGAAUUCUAGUUGUCUAAAAUGUAGCAUGAUUAAAAUAAUCAACCUGUCCACUACCUUUCUAAAUAAAAACCUUUUCU